AUGUUGUGCCUCAACAGAAUUACACUUUGGCUCCAGUUAAGCUUGAUGCAAUGUGCAAGAGAUAUAGGUGGAAUUCACCAAUUUAUGAUAUUUAAAAAUAAUACACCACUUACCAUCUAUAAAAAAAAAAAAAAAAAAAAAAAAUAUCAAAAGUAUGUUGACCCUACUGGUGCUGAACUGUGGGUUUGUACUGUCGAGCUGUCACAUGUUGGAUUGCCAUUGUUAACAGUACCCAGUCGAAUAGGACCCCUACGAACAAGGCCCUGUUACUCAUUUGAACAAGCAAAUGUAGAAGCAGCAAAGAUUGCACUUAAUUCUAUUAAGAUGUUGCGUGCAGAGCUUAUCCAGCAGUCUUCACAAACUCAUCUUCAAUCAGCCUAUACGCCAGUUAUAUCCUCUAUACCAAACUGUGUGGGUUUUCCCUAUGACUAUAUUAAUCCCGAAUACCAAAGACAAUCUACCAUACCUGUUACAAUACCUCUUUGGAGAUAA